UGAGUGAAAUUAAUGACCUGUGCAUGUGGGUCUGUGACACAACUAACCCUUUCCAAAUUGCAAUCUGGUGCUGUGGUGGUUAACCUUGAUGCACUGUCCUUGUUUGUUUCCCUAUUUGUAUUGAUGGCAUCUCUGUCCUUUUGAACUUCCAAGUUCCAAGACUAGAAAACAACUGGAUCAAAUGUUAUUAGAUGCAUUCUUGCAAAAUGAAGGGGAAAAAUGAUGGUACAAGCCACAAAAUAUCGGUGUGUCUAAGGAAACAAUGGGAGGUGGAGGGCGUGUCACUGCUUCUAAAUCCAAGCUUGAACUUGAGAACAAGCCUCUCUCACGGGUUCCACACACAAAGCCUCCAUUCAGUGUUGGCCAACUCAAGAAAGCCAUUCCACCGCAUUGCUUUGAGCGCUCCCUCCUCUAUUCAUUCUCCUUUGUUGUUUGUGACCUUUCAGUGGCCUUCAUUCUCUACAUUACCACUACCUACUUUCACCUCCUUCCUUACCCCUUUUCCCUCAUUGUUUGGCCCGUAUAUUGGUUUCUCCAAGGUUGCAUUCUCACUGGGGUGUGGGUGAUUGCUCAUGAGUGUGGUCAUCAUGCCUUCAGUAAGUACCAAUGGGUUGAUGAUCUGGUGGGUUUGAUCCUUCACUCUGCACUUCUAGUCCCAUAUUUCUCAUGGAAAAUUAGCCAUCGCCGCCACCACUCCAACACAGGUUCCCUUGAGCGUGAUGAGGUGUUUGUUCCAAAACCCAAAUCCGAAAUGGCAUGGUAUAGCAAGUACUUAAACAACCCACCAGGGAGGGCUAUUACCCUUCUCAUCACACUCACAAUAGGAUGGCCUUUGUACUUGCUCUUCAAUGUUUCUGGUAGACCCUAUGAUCGUUUUGCAAGCCACUAUCACCCUUAUGCUCCCAUAUAUUCUGAUCGCGAAAGGCUUCAAAUUUAUGUUUCUGACGCUGCUGUGUUUGCUACAACCUACUUGCUCUACCACGUUGCAACUGUGAAAGGGCUGGCUUGGCUGCUAUGCGUUUAUGGGGUUCCACUGCUAAUUGUGAAUGGCUUUCUUGUGACCAUCACAUAUUUGCAACAUACUCACAGUACCUUACCUCACUAUGACUCAUCCGAAUGGGACUGGCUGAGGGGUGCUUUGGCUACUGUGGACAGAGAUUAUGGGAUUCUCAACAAAGUGUUUCACCACAUAACCGAUACACAUGUGGCUCAUCAUCUCUUCUCUACAAUGCCACAUUACCAUGCAAUGGAGGCAACCAAAGCUUUGAAACCCAUAUUGGGUGAAUUCUACCAAUUUGAUGACACCCCAUUUUACAAGGCAUUGUGGAGAGAAGCUAGAGAGUGCCUCUAUGUGGAGCCAGAUGAAGGAACAUCUCAGAAGGGCGUUUAUUGGUACAGGAACAAGUUUUGAUGAAGAAAACAUGGACCAUACAUAGUGGGAGUCAAAAGUUUUGUCUUGUAUUAAUUGAAAAGUUAUCAAUAAGUGGAUUUGCCGUGUAAUGACUAAUAUAUUGUGAAACAGCUUCUCGUGAUCGUACUUAUUAUAAUGAAAAAAUAAUUGUAGUAUUAACUACAUCUACAUGUGAAAAGUGUUUUACUUAUGGUCUCACCUUCCACAAA